GAUGACGCUUUGUUUGUAGGUUAUGUUAGGAUAAGUAAUAAGUUGUAUGUAUUCAUAAUAAUAUAUCCAUUUAACAGAAUUUUGAAUAAUAUUUACAUAAUUAUUCCAUUUUGAAAGAAAAUUUUGAUACAAUAUGCCUACUUGGAAUCAAAUACAAUCGCAACUGCGAAAUCCAAACAACCCAGUCGUAUUUUUUGAUAUAACUGUAGGAACCACUGAAAUCGGCCGCAUGAUUUUUGAGCUAUUCGCUGAUGUAGUGCCAAAAACUAGUGAAAACUUCAGAGAGUUUUGCACAGGAGAAUACAGAAGAGAUGGUGUUCCUCUCGGUUAUAAGGGUGCGACAUUCCAUAGAGUUAUAAAAGAUUUCAUGAUACAAGGCGGCGAUUUUGUUAAUGGUGAUGGAACAGGAGUAAUGAGUAUCUACGGAGGAAGUACAUUUGCAGAUGAGAAUUUUGCACUAAAGCAUGAUUCACCAGGCCUGCUGUCUAUGGCUAACAGUGGAAAGGAUACAAAUGGUUGCCAGUUUUUUAUAACAUGUGCUAAAUGUAACUUUUUAGACAAUAAACAUGUGGUUUUUGGCAGAGUCAUUGAUGGCCUUUUAGUCAUGAGAAAAAUAGAAAAUGUACCAACCGGACCAAAUAACAAACCAAAAAUUCCCGUCACUAUAUCACAAUGUGGGCAAAUGUGAAUAAAAACAUUUUUAAAAUAAAA